UCAAGGCUUUUAUUUUGAAGGGGUGUUUGCGGAUAUCGGGCCCGUGAGCGGAGAGUAGCUUCUGUCCGUCGCGAAUCUUCGCAAAUAAAUCCGAGAUCGAUAUUAAAGCAGUAAUGAUCAGUGUCAGUGAACUUUAAACGCAUCUGCAGUGUCCAGUGGGGUCAUGGCGUCAGGUUCGGAGGCCGUCCACUACAUCCACCUUCAUAACUCCAGUCAGUCUGUGCUGGAGGCGCUGAGGUCUCAGAGGCGUAAAGGUCUGUUCUGUGAUGUGACGGUGCGCAUCCACGACGCGUCUCUGCGUGCUCACGCCUGUGUGCUGGCGGCCGGCAGCCCCUUCUUCCAGGACAAGCUGCUGCUGGGUCACUCGGAGAUCUCUGUGCCGCCGCUGGUUCCUGCAGAGACGGUCAAGCAGCUGGUGGACUUCAUGUACAGCGGCUCGCUGGUGGUGCUCCACUCACAGGCGCUCUGCAUCCUCACCGCCGCCUCCAUCCUGCAGAUCAAGACCGUCAUCGACGAGUGCACACAGAUCAUCUCUCAGAGACGCGCCGCUGUGGCUGGAGCCGUGGGGCCGCUGGGGAGCGCACUGCCCAAACAAGAGGAGGGCGGAGAGGGGAAGGACCAGGAGAACGUGGCGCUGCAGGGCUUCACUUACAGCAUUGGCGGAGACUGCGGCUCAGACAUGGCCGCUGCGCUGGGGGGCGGAGCUCAGGGGGAGGGCGGCGGCCUGGAGGGGGGCGGGGUCGGCUCACUGAUGCCCCUUGGUGAGGUGGGAGGCGGGGCCAUGUGUAGAGGGGAAGGUCUGGGUGUGGCAGGGGGCGGGGCCAUGUGUAGAGGGGAGGGUCUGGGUGUGGCAGGGGGUGGGGCCAUGUGUAGAGGGGAGGGUCUGGGUGUGACAGGGGGCGGGGCCACCAGCUGCUCACAGGAGAUCAACUAUAUGCUGAACCCGGAGCGCGGUGCGAAUGUGAGCGCGCAGAACAUCGCUGCCAAUGAGCGCUGUCACAUGGGAUCCCCGAGCGGCUUGGGUUUGGAGCUGGUGGAGCGGUUCAGUGAAGACGACGAGAGAGAUGUGGACAGAGACAGACAGACGGCGCACACACGCAAACAGAGACAGCCGCUGAGACUGCAGGUGCUGGGUGGAGAGCAGGUGGUGGUGAAGAACGAGGGCGUGCAGGACGGGGACGCUCUGUUUGAGAUGGACGAGAGAGGAAACCCAUCGCAUCAACACACCUACACACAGGGGGGGUUCUACGAGGACUCGGCCGUGUUCUCGAGCGGUUUCUGGUCUCAGGCGGAUCCGCAGGCGUCUCUGGGCUCAAACCCUCGCGGUCGGGGUAACAAACCCCUCUCUCCUCCAGCGCCGGGCUCCCAGAACCUCAACAGCCAGAUGCUUUUCCAGUUCCCUGCCAGCGAAUCACAGCAGCCCUCCUUCUUUGUGGGCGGACCCAUGGUGAUCGACAACCUGGCUGAGUGCCAGCAGGCUCCGCCCCCUGCCCCCCUGACCCCGGCCCCGCCCCCCUCCACCCCAGCAUGCCUCGCAGGGCCGAGCUUCACCCCGCAGGGCUCCGAGACGUCCUUCGACUGCAGUCACUGCGGAAAGUCACUGCGCUCCCGCAAGAACUACAGCAAGCACAUGUUCAUCCACUCCGGUCAGAAGCCGCAUCAGUGCAGCAUCUGCUGGCGCUCGUUCUCUCUGCGUGACUAUCUGCUGAAGCACAUGGUGGUGCACACGGGUGUGCGUGCGUUCCAGUGCUCCGUCUGCAGCAAGCGCUUCACGCAGAAGAGCUCUCUGAACGUUCACAUGCGCACACACCGCGUGGAGCGCACCUUCACCUGCAGCGUGUGUCACCGCGCCUUCACCCACCGCACACUGCUGGAGAGACACGCCCUGCAGCACCACACGCCCACCAAACCACCCACCAAUCACCUGCAGCCGGGCGGGGCCAGCGCACCCGGCUCCGCCUCCUAGAGACGACUGAGGAGAGGAGAAACAAUCAGACUGAAUCCCAGGAGCUUUAACACACACAAAAAGAAAAUUACAUGCAAUCACACACACACACACACACACAUAUACAAAGUACUUACACGUACACACACAUAAACACACUUACUCAUGCAAUCGCAUGCGCACACACACACUUUCUCUCACUAGCGUGUCUGGUGGGUCGCGACGCCUCAACCCAGAAAACCUCAUAAACACACAAACCUCAUCGAGCGACUCACACUAAAGACAAACCCAGUCCUGCGUGUGACGCCGGGACUUUAAUGUCUUUUUCAGUGUUUUAGUGUUUGAUCUGUUUUGUACAUGUUUUCAUGAACUCAUCAGAAACCUCAGUGACCUCAGGACCAGAAGAGACUUCAGAGCGCAUUACUUCCAUUUUUAUUUCAACAUUAACCUCCAUUUUUACAUUUUUUUAUCAAUUAUAUGUAUGAAUCUUAAUGCUAUUUUUAUGGUGAAACGAUAUGUAAGAGUUUUAUGUCUGGCUUAAGUGCUGUGCGUGUGCGGGAAGAUGUGUAUUCUGCUCUGCUUGGUUUGGUAUCUAGCAUGUGCUCGCUUUACGCUGCAUGAAGCUGCAUUAAAUGCAUUGUGACGUU